GCAUCGCCCGCCGGGUUCCCACCCGAUUUUCCCGUUUGUUGUGGGCCCAUAGAGAAACAAAGAUGCGUCCCAUCCGGCUCUCGGCUCCCCUAAACCCUAGCGUCGCCUCCACCAUCCCCACCGCCUCCAGCGCGUCACCGCCAGAGCCCGCACGGUGAGCUAGGAUGGCAGCGGCGAGGCUAUCCGCUCGCUGUUGAAGGACGUCAUCCCACAGUGAGAACCGCCCCGUCGUUCCUCCCAAUGCUCCGCACCCGGACCCGCCCUCGCCCACGCGCACGCCGCGCGCCCGCGACGCCGUAGCAGCGCGCGCCGUCGAGUGGUGGGGCUAGGAUCUGCGUCGAGUGAUGAGAAAGGCAGCGUCGACGGCGACGGCGGGGGCGGGGGCUACCUUCCGCCGCCGCGCGAUGGAGGGGCUGGCGACCGUGCUGCUCCUGUACGCGCUCCUCGUGCUCGCCCUCGAGUCGCCGCUCGUCUCCACCUCGCCAUUCGGUGGCGCCGCGGGCGGUACAGCGCGGAAGCUCCACCUCUCCUUCGGCGCAGGCGAGCGCGCGGCGCCCGCGCGCCCCGCGUCGGCGUCCGUCCCCGGCGCGUCGGCGCACGGGCAGGAUCAUCGGCUCUCCCGCUUCGCCACCGGCCUCGACGUCCGCCUCCUCGACUCCGCCCGCUCCGGCGCGCUCCGCCGGUCCAUAGCGGACGCCGUCGCGGCGGGUGCCCGCGCGUUCUCCGACCUCGAGGCCCUCGACCCCGCCGUCGUCGCCGCGCCCUCCGGCGAGAGCGACGCGGCCAGGUGCCCGCACUCGAUCGCGCUCACCGCGGAGGAGCUCGGCGCGCGGGGCCGCGUGGUGGAGCUGCCCUGCGGGCUCGCGCUGGGGUCCCACAUCACGGUCGCCGCGACGCCCCGGGCGCCGCACGAGGAGCGGAACCCCGCGAUCGUGGUGCUCAGGGACGGGGAGCGGCACGCCAUGGUGUCUCAGUUCAUGGUGGAGCUGCAGGGGCUCAGGGCGGUCGACGGCGAGGACCCGCCCCGCGUGCUCCACUUCAACCCGCGCCUCCGCGGGGACUGGAGCGGCCACCCGGUGAUCGAGCGGAACACCUGCUACCGCAUGAGCUGGGGCGCCGUGCAGCGCUGCGAUGGAUGGAGGUCACGCCCGGAUGAGGAGACUGUGGAUGGGUUGGUCAAGUGCGAGAAGUGGAUUAGGGACGAUGAUGACAGGUUGGAGAAAUCGAAGACAACAUCAAAGACGGCAUGGUGGCUGAAUCGGCUGAUCGGGCAGAAAGAGGAGGUCAAUUUCGGUUGGCCAUUUCCUUUCGUGGAGGGCAGGCUCUUUGUUCUUACUCUCAGUGCUGGGUUGGAGGGUUACCAUGUGAGCGUUGAUGGGCGACAUGUCACUUCGUUUCCUUACCGCACUGGGUUUGUGUUGGAGGACGCUACAGGCCUGUCACUGAAUGGGGACCUAGAUGUGCAUUCAGUGAUUGCAGGGUCUUUGCCCACUACACACCCAAGUUUUGUGCCACAGAAUUAUCUGGAGUUUUCUACUGUUUGGCAGGCUCCUCUGCUGCCUGAUGAGCCAGUUGAGAUUUUCAUUGGCAUUCUGUCAGCAGCCAAUCAUUUUGCUGAACGUAUGGGUGUGAGGAAGACAUGGAUGUCUGUUGUCCACAAGUCACCAAACAUGGUGGCUCGUUUCUUCGUUGCACUGCAUGGCAGAACGGAAGUGAAUGCGGAGUUGAAGAAGGAAGCUGAAUUUUUUCGGGACAUUGUUUUUGUGCCCUUCCUAGACAACUAUGAUCUUGUUGUUAUGAAGACUCUUGCAAUAUGCGAGUAUGGGGUAUGGCAGAGAAUUUCUUGUUGUUUGAACUAAAUCUUCUUUGGAGUACUGUAGCUGUUGUAUACACCCCCUCGACGCGGCGCUCGGCCUCCUCUCUACUGGCACCCGUCCUUGAUUGGCGGCGGCACACAAAAAAGAGAUAUUAUCUGCUUGUACUGCAUUUUGGAAAUGUGAUUGUUUUCUCCUUUCUCCA